GAAGAAGGUGCCACUGGCGUUGGGAGGGAGGAAGGAGCACGGAGCGGUGCAUCCCGCCGCCGAGGAGAUUCGGCGGGUGACAUCACCGCUGGAGCUGCUGAGGGCGUCGGAAAAUGGCUGCUGCGAGAAUGUUUUUUAGGGGACUUUUCCGAAAUCUUAAGGAUGAUAAACAGAGAAGACAAAAGAAAUGAAGAGAGAAGGUUAAAACAAAACCUCUCAUCUGAGAUUUGACCUCAGAAGGGAAAUCCUGGAGGUGAAGCCAUUGCAGAGAAGAAGUAAAAGAAGGAAGUGUCUGUGUGACAAGAAAGCCACUUAACAAUGAAAAAAUUCACACUGUUUGAUUUUGUAAAUGAUAAUUCACUGCAAAUUGGAGAGACUUCAUGGAUCCAGGACCUUCCCUGUGAUGACAAUGAACUAGAAAGACUUCUGAAACCUAAUGAGCAUGUACUAGUAAACUGGCCUGUGGGAGAAAGAAAGACAGAAAAGCACCUGGUGAAAGUUGUGUACAUGAGUGAUGACCCCCAAGAGCUGGUGGAAAUGAUGCAAAAGAUAUUACGAGCAGAUGAAAUUACAAAAAUACAAGUCCUUGGAAAAGGCAAGAGGAAGAGGAUAGAAAUGAUAUUCUCAGAAAGUGAGGACAGUGACCUGGAUAAAGAAAAGAGAGGACCAUACUCAGGAAGCAACUUUCUAUAUAGUGAAAGUAGCAGUGAUGAUGAAGAGCCUUUAUUUCAACUCUCCAAGGUGGAACUGUGUGCCAAAAUUAAAAGUCUCAAGAGGAAGCUGACAGAUACCAUGAGAGAAAACUGCCGCCUAAGGCAGUCCCUGGUGAUGCUUCAAGUGUUGCCACAGGCAGUCACUCACUUUGAGGAACUGGUAGGGAUGGCUGAAGCGCUGCUCAAAGGGGGAGUGACAUCAUCUACAUCCAGUCUGCAUCCACAUGCUGUUUGGAGGGCAUCUCACAAUCCAUUAGCAGAUUCCUAUGCAGCUAUGCAUAGUAACUCCAGCUCACCAAUAACUUUGAAUGUGGAAGAUGAAGAGCAACAGACUGAAAAACAGUUCAAGAUCGAAAAGUGGCAGAUUGCACUUUGCAACAAGAGCAAACCUCAAAAAUUUAUAAAUGACUUGAUGCAAGCACUUUAUACACAUGAAUACAUGGCUACACACAGCCUGACAGGUGCAAAAUCCUCCUCUUCAAAGGAUAAAGCGGCAAAACCAGCUAUGAAUCAGAAUGAAGUUCAGGAAAUCAUAGGAAUCACAAAACAGUUGUUUCCAAACACAGAUGAUGCUUUAAUUAGGCGAAUGAUGGGACAAAAACUGAACAAUUGCACCAAGAAGCCAAUUUUAAGCAAAGACCUUAACUCAGGUGCUUUUCAGAAACAUAGUUUUUGUGGUUCAACAGCUGCUCCUCAGGGCAUCAUCUCUUCGGCUGUUCCUCCUUGCACACAAGACCAGCAGGAUGAUGAUUCACCAGCUGCUAAUGCACAACUUCAGCAAAGUGACAGCUGCCUGACUCCUCCACCUCCCACCCCAGAAGGUCAGCAGGAGUGUCCCAAACCCACUUCUUCUAAGGUGGAGUCUCAACUCGCCAGCAGCUCACCAGCGACCUCUCCCAACCAGGGUUGUGGACAGGAUCUCAGGAAUUCAGACAAGGAAUAACAGGUGUUUCAUUCCAGCUCAUGUGCUCAACAGAGAUUAAGAAACAAUAUAAAAUAAAAAAGAAAGAUCUAAAUUGUACUAGAUGUAUGGUAGUAUCCAACAGUGGACAGAAAUAGAAGCCUGAGAACUUUUUUUUCUCAAACAAAUGAAAAGCCCAUAGUCUAGAAAAAAAUUGAAGACCUAUUAAUAUAUUUGAAUUUAAGAUGUUAUAAGAUAUAUGCAUGUUAUACAGUAAUUAAAACUUGUACUGAAGAAUACAAGUAGAGUUCCCCUUAGUUAGGAAAAAACAUUAUUUAAAGUACUACCAAAAGAAUAUAUAUGAGGAACCAUAAUUCCCCUUGCUUUCACCUUGACAGCUGAGGCAAAACUGCUUAACUGAUCAAAGAAAGUUAUUGUAUAUUAAUGCAAAAAAUAUAUAGUUAUAUGGAGAGAAAAUAGAAAGAUCUCCUAGUGAAAUGAAGACUGUGGCCAGCACAGGAGUAGAAAGCACAGGGCCACAUGAGCAGAGAAGAAAUGAAAUAGAUGUUUAAGGCUGCUACUCACUUGGAAAAUAACUUUCUUAGGCCAAUGAAACUACAACUUUCAAGAUAUCCACAGGAAAGAAGCUGUUAUUUUUUAGCUUCUCAAAGUAGGAAAGGCAAUGGAAGAAGCCUUGUUCCUUUGUAGCUCAUGGAAGAGACCUCCAGGAGAGCCUAUUUAGUUCUGGAAGCCAUUCUCUCACAGGGAUUCUGAUGCUGGUACUCUGCUGGUUCAGCAGCUCUUACUCUCUUCUUCUUCCCUGACCAUCAAGUCCAUAGGAUAAGGGUGCCUGGUCCCUUCGGUGGGGAAAUAGAGGACACUUCAGCAGAAGCAACUAGUAAAGGGCAGAGUUGCCAGCUUCUACUCCCUGUGUUUUGAUUUUGGUAUGCUACCCCUUGCUUAGAGAAAAGGUGGACAGGCAGAAUAUUCCUCAUGGGACUAGGACCAGAAAAAUCCUUGCAUCUGGACAGUUCCCCUUGGGAUCUGACACCACUUCUUCCAGGAAGCAUCUGGCAGUCACACAAACCCCAUAACAGCCUUAUGAGGAGGAGUGGAAGAUACAGGGUCCCCAGGGCAGUGGUCACAGCACCAGCCUGACAGAGUUCAAGAAGUGUUUUUACAAUGCUCUGGGAUACAUGGUGACUCUUGGGGUGUCCUGUGCAGGGCCAGGAGUUGGACUCAAUGAUCCUGAUGGGUCCCUUCCAACUCAGCAUAUUCUGUGGUUUUAUGAUUUUUUCCCUUGCUGACUGAUUUCAGGUUUCCAGUGUGCUGACAUGGGAAGGAGAGAACGCUUGGGACUAUAGCUUUCCUGUUUGAGUGUACUUCUCCCAGAACUGAGAGUACUAUUAGCUGAAUCUAUUUCAAACAUGGCAAACAAGCAACUAACAAAUAAGACUGGAAAAAUAAAAUGACAUUAUGUUGAAGAAAUCUAGCUUGAUUUAAGGAGGAUUUCAGGACACGUGAGUUACAUUAAUAAAUUAGAAAUAAUGUUAGGGUGAAUGCUAACCUUAUCUUCAGAUUUUUUUUUUUUUUAUCAGCCAAAUACUGCUGAAGGGAAGUGCUGCAAAUCUGACUGUUCUAGAGCAAGGCACUAAUAGAAUGCACUGUGGAGAAGACUUGUUUGUGGGCUGGGGUACACAUUAAGUGAUUUGCUAUCCUUUUUCAUCUCUCACCUAACAAUUUCUUGUAUUUAGGAUCAGGAUGAAAGCAGGUAUGAAAUAUGUUAGUUCGAUCUCAUGCUAUUAACUACCAUCUAUAAAAUGUAACAGAAGGAUGUUUGCUAUAAUGUAAAUUUUGUAUAUGUA